GAUACAUGUAAGUCGGCGUUUCCAGCUAUUUUGAAGAUGACUAUUUCAAGAAACUUGCUUGUUAUUUUUGCUUUCCUCUUCCUCGACAUCGUAACCGUGAGUAUGAUUCUACCAUGGAUGCCUUCUCUUUUAGAAACAUACGAGUCUGAAAAAGAAUGGUUUUAUAUUUUGUCCAAAAAAUAUGUCCAACACCUGGGUUUUGUUUUGGGGUUUCAAGAAGGUUCUACAUGGGACAGAGUAUUCAUUGGAGGCCUUCUGUCGUCAUUAUCAUCCUUAGUGCAAUUUAUAUCAUCGCCUAUAGCCGGAGCUUUAUCAGACUAUUUUGGCAGAAAGUCGGUCUUAGUUGUCCUUCAGAUAUCGCUUAUAAGUGUUAAUGUUCUCUGGUCAGUGUUGGGUAAGUCAUUUCUGUGGCUACUGAUGUAUCGUGUAUUGUGUGGUGCUGCACGAGCAAAUGUCGGUGUUGUGUCAGCACUUGUUGGAGAUAUCAGCAGUGAUAGAUUGCGUACCAAAGGAAUGGCGGUUGUUGGCCUGGCUUAUGGUAUCGGAUUCACUGUAGGACCACCAUGCUCAGUUAUCUUACUUAGCCGGUGGAAAGUACAUACAUCAACUGAAUACUUGAGCUGUAUGCUGGGUUCUACAUGUUUAAUUCUUAAUUGUAUAAAUCUGUUAAUCUUGAUCUUUGCUCUGCCUAGUUCAUUACAAAAGGGCGGAGAUAUCGGUCCAUUAAUCAACCAAGCAGUACGUUUAUUAAAUCCAGUGAAGUUGUUUUCUUUAACUGGCACAACGAAAUAUCAUAAAUAUGAAAAAUCUUUGCGUCAUUUGGCAUACUUUUGGUGCGGCUACUUGUGCGUAUACUGCGGAAUAGAAUAUACAAUACUGUUUUUGGCUAGAAUUCGCUUUAAUUUCUCAAGCUCUGAUCAAGGCAAAAUGUUCGGCUUUAUUGGGAUAAUAAUGAUUCUAGUUCAAGGCUGCUUUAUCCGUAGCUUCAAACUUGGUGGAGAAGACAAAGCCAUUACAUGGAGUUCUUGCUGUUUGAUUUUGGCGUCUGCCAUUUUCAGUUUCGCCACAAAUAUUUUCGUUUUCUAUAUCGGACUAGCUUUAUAUGCAUUUGCAUCCUCCAUUUUCUUCCCGAGUGUAAACGGUUUGGUUUCUUUGUACACUACUGCAGAACAACAAGUAUGUUUUGAAAUAUUUUUAGAUGGGCAAACGUUGGGUAUAUUCCGUUCAUUGAACGCAUUGGCUCGUGUCAUGGGUGCGUUGAUUGUUACUACAGUUUUCUGGAUUUAUGGACCUAACAUAACCUAUAUGUUAUGUACUAUCUUCUUAACUUUACUGCUUACUUACAAGAAAAUUACUUUAGAAGGAACUAAAUGUCAGUCCAAACGAACAUACAAGGAAGAGUAAAUCAGCAAUAGACCAUCAAGGUAUCCUUUCUCAAAAACUGCUGUACAGUUAUUACUAAACAGCUUUCUUUGUUAUUAAUUGAUUCAGAAUGCCGUGUACCAUAACGGACAAUUCCCAAAAAAGUUUGAUAAAUGCCAUUGCUGUGAGAAUUAAUCGAAUUCUUUAAAAAUUAAAGCAGUGAUCUAAAACGAAGGUUGUUUUUGGUACAUAAUUUCAGUCCUUCCACCUAUGCUUGCUACCUCUCAUGGAGGAGCAUAGGCCGCCCACCAGCAUUCCCCAUCCAACUCUGUCCUGGGCAGUCCUCUUCCAUGGUCUUCCUAUUUUCCGUUUCCCUUCAGGAUUUCAAGUUAGCGCUCGCCUCGUGAUGCAGUUUGAUGAUUUCCACAAUGUAUUGUCCUAUCCACUUGAGGCGUUUUUUCUUAAUUUCCUCUUCAGCUGGGAGCUGGUUUGUUCUCUCCCACAGUAGACUGUUGCUGAUAGUAUCCCGUCAACCGAUCUGGAGUAUCUUGCGUAGACAAUCGUUUGCAAAUACCUGUACUGUUUUGAUGAUGGUUAUGGUAGUUCUCCGCGUUUCAGCUUCGUGCAGUAGGACCGUCUUCACAUUCGAAUUGAAGAUUCUGGAAUUUUGAUGGAUGCUGAUUUUCCUAGUGAUACAUUAUUCUCUAACGAGAUUCUAAAUAAAUUUGAAGAGCAUAUUUCAGGAGAAUCAAUUCUUAACGAUGUCAUAGCAAAUGUCGUUUUUUCUCAUAAUGUAUUUGUUUCUGGUCGAAAACUUAGUCAGUGUGAAACAAGUUCGAAAUGAACUUACACGUAAUCACAGUUCGGAUGAUCUCAUACCAAAUGCUGUAGUUGCUUUUAGUGCAAAUAUGUGAAAAAUAUGCUUGAAAUAAAGCCACAUUAUUUGUAACUUGGGAAUAUGAAGAUCCAACUUUAUUUCGUGGGGGAGAAUGAUGUUAGGAUUCAAAGUUGUCUAGAUUUUUUAAAUCAGGAUCGAAGCUCCAGAUUUUAAAAAGGGUGUUAUAUGUUAACGAAAAAUAAAUGGAUAGUAACUGCUUGGACUUAUUUAUGGACUAUUACUACAUAUAUUCUUAUUGUGUAAUCGUUAAGUAACUAUAUAUAUAUAUAUAUAUAUAUA